AUGGUGUCCUUAGAGAGUGUCGCGGGUAUAGUGAUAAAAGUGCUCAAGUUGAUAAUUAACCUCAUAAUCCUGAUCCUGUACCGAACAGGAUUCAAAGGUGAAUUUUUGGGUGUCGGUGGAACAUGGAACUUGAACGAAGACAAAAGUCCGGACGCAGAAAUUGUUGCGUCCGGAGUUCUGGUGGGCUUCUUCAUUUAUACAAGCGUCGUUCUGAUUACUUUCUGUUUCGGAAGCACGUACCACAAGAGAACGCUUGUUGAAAUUAUAAUGAACUUUGUUGGAACCUUCAUGUUCAUCGCUGUAGGUGGGACAGCGCUUCAUUACUGGCACGGCUAUCUUCCGGAACACAAAUUCGAUACUAUUGUCCAAGAACGACAGGUGGGAUUAGCGGUUGGUUCAUUAUGCGUCAUCGAAGGUGCAGCGUAUCUGGUGGACCUGAUAUUGAGCUUUUUGCACUUUGCGAAAAAUCGUGAUGACUUUUUAGAAUAG